AUGGCGGUGAAACCCUUUGGAGAUCAAACGUUGACCGACGCCAUUAAUCGAGCAAAGGCCUGCGAAUUGACGAUGAAUUCUGGAAGACCCCGGAUAAUGAAUUAUGCACAAACCGGCAAGUCUGAGAUGGCUGAAUUGACGAAAUUAGUUACCGUGUUGGCGCAACAAGUUUCCGAAAUUGAGAAGAAAAUUGAUAAUCGUCCGUCUGGUAGUUAUCGGAAACCACCUGCUGCGAGACCAGAACUAUCGGUUCCAGAUAGACCACCAAUAGUAUGUUACUCGUGCGGGGAACCUGGACAUAUUAGCAGACGAUGUCCAAAGAAGGAGAAUACUACCGGUGGAGGUGCACCUUUGGAGGGUGAAGGUGCGAAACCCGUUCAAAAUCCCUCGUAUGUAACCUUGUUCCAAGCCUACCCUGCUCAAAGGAAUAGACCAAAGACUCGAAGUACUCCAUAUCCGAAUAAAGAAAUAAUCGAAGAGGAAAAUGCUCUUGAAGAUCCUCAGUAUGCACCAAUACCGAUUCCUAUCCAAACGACUAAUAAUGUUGGCGAAGGAGAGCCGAUGACCGUCGAUGCGAAAGAACAGGCUACCGAAAUUAAAAAGAAGAAGGCUACGGUGCGGAAAAAGAAAACACCGAAGAUAUCACCAAAGCUUCGAAGCGACGUUGGAAAAAGUUUACGGAAACCAAUGACUAGAAGCGCUAAAUUCGCUCAUCAGGACGUACAAAGUACGACAGCAAUGUAUUGCGACGCCAUGAUAAAAGGGAAAAGAAUCCCAUUAAUUGUCGAUACAGGAGCAGCUGGUAGUAUUGUUACCUGUCAGCUGUUGAAUGACUUGGGAAUUGCGAUAGACCGACCAUCUGCUAUUGUGAUGAUAAACGUCAACGGGGAAAAGAAACGGCCAUUGGGUGAAGUGCUGGAUUUUCCGAUAACCGUUGGUGGCGUUACUGUUCCUAUCAACGUGGUAGUAAUCGAUACCGAAUCUUAUAGUGCCAUAGUAGGCCGAGAAGUGGAAAUCCCUGUUGAAUAUCGGAUGAUGCCGCACGAACGAACGAUAAAACAAAAAGAGGAAGAGGCGAGGAUAGUUGAAAGUGAAGAGGAAGAGGACGAUGAUGAUGGAGAUGAGGAGGAAGAGUCCGACGAUGAAUACGAAGAGGAAGAAUUAGAAGAAAAGAAAAUAGUACGACGAGUGGGGAUCUAG